UACAUCCAUCCCUGAAUGUCGUCGGGUACUGUUAACUUCCCCGCCAUUCUUGUAACUGUCACCUGUAAUCCGCGCAGGUGUGUCCGCACCCCCCUGAGUGGACGAGAAAGAAAGGAUUUCUCGGAGCAACCCCCCAGGUUCCAGACCCAGGAGUCAACUUUCCCGUAUGAGCAUUCGAUAGGUCGUCUGAGGGUUCGCCGCGGUUCAUUGCUGUGCUUACACACUAGGCUACCCUUCUCCGAAAGCUCCGCGGGACCACCUACCACUAGUCUUCGGCCGGAGGGGUUUAUUGCGCCGGGACGCAGGCUCCCGAAGAGGGAAGCCCAACGAAUGUCAGAUGCAAAGCCCCGCACCUCAUUAAGAUCAUAUUGGCAUACUCUCCCAAAAAAGAAAGAGCAGACCCCAUUGAAGACGGGAGUGAGGUACAACAAGGCCAUUUCUGUCCGCCGCCCUUCUCACGGAGCCGUACGUGGACGUUACCGCUCAUACAGCUCCCAGCCAGCAAGAGUUAGCCUUCCUCUACAAGGAAUGGAAGUGUGGAUGAAUCGACAUCAAAUAGAGGAAUUUUUUUUUUCUUUUCAGCAAUAACAUGAUAAGGUGGAUCAAGACGAGAAUGAAUCCGGGAAUCCAGGACAUACUCAUCCUGGAGCUUCUGCUCUCCUCUGGGGAGGGGUUUUUUAUAGAGAGAGAGGUGAGUCGAGGGUAGCCCCCCGCUUGACCGAUUUCUCGGAGUCGGAGGAAGAUCUCUCAUCUGAUGACCCUGAACAAGAAGGAGCUGCUCUCGAUGUGAGAUCAGCAGCAAAAGAAAGAAGAGGAAUUGGAUGCCCCAGAGCAGCAGCCCCCGGAUAAGCCUUAAAAAAAAACACACACAACGGACCGGACACAAACAAAAGAAAGAAGAAAAGGGCCAUGAUCCUAUGUUCGUUUUCGCCCUGCCCCGAUGAUGCACUCCUAGCCCGCGGAGCUACAUACCGGAAAGACUCUCUCUAU